AUGUCGACCAGCAGAUCGGAAGUGCAUGGAGUGCGCUCUGCGGUGGAAUCGACGGAGUGUGCGGUUAAUGAUAAUGAUGGGAUCAGGGGAGCAAGAAGUGAUUUCGGUCACCAUGACCCCGAGUUUCGAUCGCGAGAUGUCAUUCGUAAUGUGGAUGAGUUUGCGACCAAAUAUGACCUGGGUGAUAUUCGGCCGAUCCUCAGACAGGGCGCCCUCUUGCUUGACAAUCCCGACAGUUACAUGAAAAGAGAGGAUUUGACGGAAGAGGACAGGGCGGCUUUGGCCAGCGAGCGCUUCUCGCAGUCCGGGCAUGUUCUCUUUGCUAACUCGCGUUCGGAUUAUGCUCUCCAUGUGGGGGCCUUUGCGCUCGGUUUCGCCGUGGCUGUUCUCAUGCUCAAGAGUCGAAUCAAUCCCUACUUGGGGGUAACGCAAUCUGUGCUGAUCCUACUGCGCUCCUUCGCCUUGAUGGUUGGGACUUGGCUCGCGCACCCUCUGGACACAUCAGUCGGGCGCCGAGGAGCGGCUUGUAUCGCGGCAGUGGUCAUGAUUACUGCUGGCCUAGGCAGAACACUGUUGCAAGAGCAACAUGCCAUUUAUACAGUAGAUACCAUAUACUUUGCUGGAUGUGGAAUCAUUGAAUGUGAGCUUCUACUGUACCUGGCGGAAACCAGUUUGCCGCCAAGCCGCGGUGCUGUUGUGUCACGGUGGCUGUCGCUCCAUGGAGUCGGGGCCGCUACAGGGUCAGUAACUGCAGUUGUCGUCUCCAACGUUGCAGAUGUGUCCAGCAGCAUAACCGGCCUGUUAGUUGCCAUCCCUGGGGCAACAUGUCUUCUCUGCUUUUGGACCUUGCCGGAAUCGCCACGCCUCUGCAUCGCCCAGGAAGACAUGCGGUCUGCUUAUGAGACAAUGUGUCGGUUGACAAAGGUGAAGGUGCAAGCUGCUCGCGACAUCUAUCAGAUAUAUAUCUCAGCCGAAACCGGCCAUCACAACCUCAGACUCCGAGACUUUCUGACUGUACCUUCUCUCAGGCGCGCAGCGCUCUCUUCUGCCGGUGUCGCGCUCGCCGUCACUUUAUUAUCAAUUGGAGUGGAGACGCCCCAGCCAGGGGUGCUGAGCAACAUUCUGACGUGCGCAGCCGAAAGUGGUCCUCUCAAGGUGAUUCUGAUGUUAUUGGCUGCCAUCUUCCUAAUCAGGAUGUACUGGAUCUUGAAUAGGAGUUCCUCGCUCAAGCGUCGGAGAUUGCAACUGCUUGUCCAGCUGGCCAUGGUGGCCUUUCUCAUUCUCAGCCAGCCUGUGUGCGAACAGCGCUGGUGGAUUGCUAUUAGGUGUGCUGCUAGCUACAUGCUAGAAGGUCUCAUUGGUAUAUCUCGAAUCAUAGCCGCGACAUAUGCAGCGGAGCUAUUCCCUCUUCGCUAUCGCACAUUGGGAAUGGCGCUCGGAUCUUCUGUCGCGUUUUCAAGUAAUGCGAUCCUGCUACUCAUCGAUCUUUAUCUCCCGUUUAGCAGUGUAUUUGUUGAAAUAUCCUACCCUUUUGUCGCAUUUGUUUUGUGUGUUCAUGUUUCCGCGCUCAUAGCCGUCUACUUUCUGAUGGUGGAUACGCAUGGUCAGACAUUGGAGGAGAUCAGUGCGGGAUUUGAGACGCCCAUGCGAAAAAUAUGGGCGUACCGGAUGCGAUUAGAGCUGCCACACAUUCUCAAGAGAUCUCUGUUUUGGAAAAGAGCUCAACUACAGCCUUUCGAGGAGUCCAGAUAUAAUACUGGUGGGAUUGCUUUGUCUACUACCGGACACUCCGACUUUCCAUGA